AUCUCGUUGCCAAUGGUGUUGAACUUUCCCAACGAUGAACGAUAGCUUAGAUUUAGAUUGGGAAAUAAACGGGCGAUAAUUGCGGGUGCUCUGUAAACAAAGAAAAGUAUGUAUGUAAAUUAACAGUAAUUCACCACCUUUGCAUUAUGUAUUGUAUUCAAUUAAAUAAAUAGCUGGUAACUGCUAUUGAAUCAGUAGCACGCAAUAAAAUUGACGACUACCCCACUGAAAGCACCUCAUACAGUCUGUAGUCCAAUUUUUAAGUAUGUAUUUUAUAAAGUUCACUAACCUAGCAUAUAUAUAUAAUAGUAUAUACGCUUGCCUGAUAAGUUAUUAGUUGUCCACAAAAACAAAGCCUUUUGAACUUUGUACCAAGCGAAUCGUAUUGAUAUAACACAUACAUACAAGCUUUGUAUAAGCAACAGAGUGGCAAGGACGUCCUUCAUCUCGAACCUAUCCGUGUUGCCAGAUAGUUGCAUGAAAUCUUUUAGUUGUGUAUUUAAAUUAAGUUAGAUUAUGCUUCCCAUAUACUGUAAUAAUUGCUUAAGCAGGCGUGAUUUUAAGCCCGAUAUAAAAUUUAAACUUACUCGAUGCCAUCACAUAAUCUGCGCUAGCUGCCUGCCCAAAUCAACUGAUGGCGACCGAAAUUGUCCCGUCUGCCAUCGCAGCUUAAGUGCCGUUACAAUAACACACGAUAUGCCCAGCAAUGUUGCCAACUAUUUUUUGGAUCCCAUCAUCUUUUUGAAAAUGUAUCGGUCCAUUAGCAAGUUUCAAAGUAAACAGCGUAUCAUUCACUAUACAAACUUCUACAAGCAGAAGGCGCGCCUGGCCAAAAAGAAGCGCAAGCUGCAGGGUUACAGAAAGCUGGAGGCACAAUUGCUGGAGCAAAAUGACUCUGAAAAGAAGCGCAUCGUCGAGUUGCGCGACUAUAUUGACUACCAUGAACGUCGCGAAGAAGCAUUGCUGCCCGAUACUAGCUUAAGCUCCACUGAUAUCUCGAGCACGGCACGCAUGAUGUGCCGCCCCCGCACACCCUCAUUUAGCGCCACAGACACGACGCCUACUGAUACGGAAAUUGAGAUGAGCGAUAGCUACCACCUGCAGGAAUUUAAUAAACUACUCUCACAGGCGACCUCGACAAAAUCAACUAGGAAGUCUGUGAAAAAAAGGAGAAAGGGUAAGAAACCAAAACUAUUGAAAUUUAAAAAGAAAUAAAAUAGUUUUAUAUACAUAUACAUAUGAUGAACGACUCACUUCUAAUUUAAAAACGUAAAGUCAGAUGUUUUAUGAAUAUAUAAAUAAUAAAUUCAUAGUUUCCGUUACUCAUGUUAUGGAAAGUUUUUAGUAUAAGAGGCUCAAGUGCUGAAAACUACGUACAUUUGUAUAUAUGUACGUAAAUAUUUGUAUGAGCAUGCACGAAUACAAUGAUCGGAACGAAAUAAAAGCUGGAAGAGAUUAGAAUUGUUCAGAGUGUAGGA